AUGAGAAUCUUUGAAUCCAAACAGGUGUUCGAGUAUCCUUGGGAACAAGUAAGUGCUGCGAACUGGCAAAAGUAUCCUAAUGAAGUUUCGACUCAUGUUAAAUCUGUUGAUGUUCUCAGAAGAGAAUAUGAUUCCAACAAACAAAUUUUAACUACAGAGAGAUUGAUCGGUUGCAGUCAAAAGGUGCCCAAAUGGCUCAUUUGCAUAAUGGGAUGCUCGGAUAAAUCCUACGUCCGAGAAAUAUGCACUGUGGAUCUAAAGAAAAGAACCGUUACCAUGAGGUCGUGUAAUCUGACCUGGAGUAACUUUCUGAAAGUUUGGGAGACUGUGGUGUAUUCACCCGACAAAAAAGAUCCCCGCAGUAUGACGAGUUUUUCUCAGGAAGCAGAGAUUACAGCUCAUCUUACUUUUCAAAGAGUGUGUGAUCAAAUCGAAGAAUGGAGUGUUCAGAGAUUUGGUCAAAAUGCCGAAAAGGGAAAGAUGGGUUUUGACUCGGUUUUAGAAAAGCUUGAUCCUGUUUGGCACGCUAAAUUCGAUGACAUUUCUGGAAAAACCAGUAAAUUAUUCGAUCAAGUCAACAACAGGACUAGUUGUGUAUUAAAGGAGUUGAAUAGUAGAACUGGCUCUGUACUCAAGGAGUUGACCGAUAGAAGUGAGUGCGCAUUACAUGAUGUCAACGAUAGAACUCAUUCAACUGUCAGUCAGCUUGCAGAUUCCAUUCUUCACAAAAAUUAG